GACUUCCGUGUAGGAGACACCGAUGUUAGCUGCUUCUUCCAUGGUACAUCCAUGGUUUCUUCGCUCAAAGUAAAGAAAUUCUAAAACAUAUUUACCUCUCAUUGAGCUCCUCCAGGAGCCUCCUCUCUCCUCUGUCCUCCAGGAGGAGGUCCUUUCACUGAGGAGAAAAGAGGCGAGUAAGCAGAAGUUUGAUCAGCAGCCGGACUAACUGACCGUGAGGUCGUUGCCCCCCAAACCACACGAUGGCUCCUCUAAAGUUCUGUGCGAACAUCUCCUGGCUGUUCACGGAGCUUCCAGACUUCAGCCAGCGGAUCUACGCGGCGGCCUCAGCCGGCUUCCAGGCGGUGGAGGCGGCAUGGCUCUACGACUGCGACCUGCAGGAGCUGCAGAGAGCCAGGGAGGCCACAGGACUGGAGGUGGUCCUCAUCAACACCCCGCCAGGAGAUGCAAAGGGAGGUGAACUCGGUCUGGGAGCAGUUCCAGGCAGACAGGAGGAGUUCAGACAGGCUCUGGAUCAGGCUCUGAAGUACGCACGAGCUCUGGAUUGUAAGAGGAUCCACCUGAUGGCUGGGAGGGUUCCCGUGGACUCACACAGAACAGUGGUUGCCGAGGAAAUGGAGUCCAUCUUUGUGCAGAAUCUAAACUACGCUGCUGAUAUCCUCUCAAAGGAAGGAAUCACUGGUUUGAUUGAACCAAUCAACACAAGGAUUACAGAUCCCAGGUAUUUUCUGGACUCCCCUCAUCAGGCGGCUGCAAUCCUGGAGAAGGUUGGGAAGCCAAACAUCAAGCUGCAAAUGGAUGUCUUUCACUGGCAAAUCAUGGAUGGAAACCUGACACAAAACAUACACAAGUAUUUCCCCAUAAUUGGCCACGUUCAGGUCGCUCAGGUUCCAGGCAGGAAUGAGCCUGACAGUGCUGGAGAGCUCAACUACAGCUACCUGUUCGAUACUCUGGAAAAGCUCGACUAUCAGGGAUACAUCGGCUGUGAAUACAAGCCGCUAUGUUCCACAAAAGAGGGUCUGGGCUGGCUCAAAGAUUACUGCACACACAGCAAGUCAUGAGCUCAGUGGUCCAGUCACACAACUGUUUGUGUUUCAAGUGAUGUGCCCAAUGGAAGGCUUGAUCUACUCAAAUACAACUUCACUACAAAUACUUUUACUCAGAGGAACACUCUUCUUUUUCCUUUCCUUUGAACAGAUUCCAGAGGCACGACUACAUUUUCAAUCUAAGAAUGAAUGGAAGUACUUGCCAUAAUCUAUGUUCAGGGUUCCCACGGUCAUGUAAACCUUGGGAAAGUCAUGAAAUUUCAAAACCUUGUUCUCCAAGUCUUGAAAAGUCAUGGUAUUAGUAAAAAUCAUUUAAAGUUUUGGAAAAGUCAUAGCGGGAAAUGUAGUUUCUGUAGCUGUUGGUGUACCAGAGCUCUAAUAUGUGUCGGUUUGUAAUCUUAUUUACCUUCAUGAAAGUUUCAUUUUUCUGUUGUUUCUCCUGUUGUGUUUGGAAAACACUGGGCAAGUGGGACAAGAAGAGAAAGAUUGUCAACAAGAAUCCUUGAAAAGUCAUUGAAAAGUUUUGAAAUUCUGUUAAUGCGUGGGAACCCUGUAUAUUCUAGUGUUUGAAUGACAAGCUGCUGUCUAAAUGCCAUGAUUAAACAACCAGUGAUUCUAUUAGUUUAUUUCUCUAGUAUUCCCUGCUUACUUUGAAAUGGUACAUUUUUACUGUACAGAUUUCAUUUGAUUGUAUUACUAUUAUUAUCAAGUGUUUUACUGAGAAAAAUGAAUUGUGAUAAUUACAACUGAAGGAUGUUGAUGAACGCUCUAUAACUUGUUCCUAUUUGUUCAGCAAUGUUAAGAACAAGAUGUGUGUUGGUGUUUGGAACUGAGACGUAAACGAAACUUUAGCAGGAAAGCUAAUGUGGGCUGUGUUUAAACUCAGAGGCCCUUGUGUUGUGGUGCAGAGAUACCCAGCUGUAUUCUCACAAAGUCAGGUGGCACCAUCAUUAAACAAAAAAUAUGAAAUAUA